AUGAGGGAAAAACUCUUGCGGCAAUUGCCCUCGCCGUGUGUAUUCAGGUAUUUGCAGUUCUUGUAUCGAAGUUUUCUUUUGAUGAGCAUGAUUUUGCCGACCCCCACUCUUUGCGCUGCUGCACUCGUGAUAUAGCCUCUGGUUUGUGAUGUAUGUAUAGUGAGACAGAUCACUUCAAGUUCAAAUUGCGAGUUAGACUUAGUCGCCAAGGCGAAGUUUUGUUUAUAUUGAAGCUAAAUGAGCCUGAACUACCAAAUCGGUUUUAUGUAGUCGCUAUUUCUUACUUUUUCAGUCAAGGGACAUGUCUUCCUUUUCACCGCAGAGUAGCCUAAAACAAACACAAUUACAUUUGCCUCGCAGGUCAGGUCCUUUGCAAAGUUGGUUUCCAACAAUGUGGUGCAGCAUUUGCGAGCGGACCUUCAUCGCAACAGCCUGGAGCUUCCACAAGCGCGAAGACUGUCUGAAUUCGCGUUUCUACCAGCUGUACAAUUACGGCGGUUGGGGCGCUUUAAAACCAGCACUGGUGGAGGCGGGUGGGACGCUGGACGGCUACAAAAUU